CUUAUCUGCUAUACAAUAGCCCGUAUCGGACGUGAACUUGGAGCCUAUAAGUUGGCACGGGAAACCCUCGAUCGUCUGGGAAAUUUACGAGUGCCACCACGUCUCCAACGUGAUGUCGAGCUGAUGACUGUGAAUAUCAGGGCAAAACCGUUUUCUGACGCUGAUGACUUGCUGCCUGUCUGUCACAGGUGCGGCUUCAAUAAUCCGCUCACAUGUGGUAUGAAUUGUGUACACUGCAAGACGGCCUUUGUGUAUUCAUUUGCAACAUUUGAAAUUCUCCCACUUGUGGAGUUCACAGUGGAUCCUGAUUUGCCCAUCGAUGAAGCGGUAAAGUUGGUUGAAUCAGAACCUCCAAUUACGGAAUCGAAUUUCAAUCCUUUCCAAGCCGCCUCUGUGAGUGGUCAUUCCGAGAAGAAAUCCACUGAGGUAUGUCUCAAUGCAGGCGAUCUGGCCAAACUGGAAAAGGGUCAGGUGGUGGUGCUUCAUCUACCGCCACCUUUGAAGACACGUUUCCUGUUCAAUCAAAUGCCUUCAAUAUCAGUUUCCAAGUGUCCUUCAUGUAAUAAGGUUUUUCACAGUGACGAUUUCGAGAUGGCCGUACUUCAAGAAGGUCACUGUCCAUUCUGUCGAAGUGUGCAGGAACGAUCAGAUAAUCCGUAUCUCAUAGAUGAGUCCUGA